AUGUAUAGGGAUGGCAAGGGGGUUGCGCAAGACGACCAGGCCGCCUUGGAUUGGUACUUCAAAGCCAUCGAGCAAGGAGACGCAGCUGUACAGCAGAGAGUAAGCGCCCUCUACGAAGAAGGAUUCGAUGUCCCGAGGAACCACUCAAUAGCUAUGGAUUGGUACCUCAAGGCCGCCGCACAGGGAUACGAUAUCGCUCAAGAUAGCAUCGAAGUUCUCUACAACUUCGGUCAAGGUAUUCCUCGGGACUAUGGACGAGCUAUGCGACCCCUCCAUGUGCAGAGGAUAUAA